AGCACGUUUACUUUAACCAAAAAUGAUUUUUGCUCUUACAAAUAUACAUAUUUCAAAGUAUGCGAGAGGUAGAAUUCCAACACUUUUUUUUCGUAGUAGCACUAACAAAGCACAUAUUCCAGAUAUAUCAAUACAUACAGUAGAUUUAAAUAUGCCAGUUGCAAUCGAAAAUCCGUAUAAGGAGAAACGAAAGUUAUGCAUUUUAUGUAAACUAAACAUUGAACCAGAUUAUAAAAAUAUACGUUUACUAUCUCAAUUUCAAAGUCGUUUUACAGGUAGAAUUUAUGAAAAACAUAUAACUGGAUUGUGCGAAUAUAAACAGAAAAGAGUGGAGCAAGAGAUGAGAAAAGCACAACAGGCUGGUUUAAUGGGUUUUAUGACUAAGGAUCCUAAAUUUGUUAAUGAUCCAAUGUUAUUUAAUCCUAACUUUCCAUUUAAACCACACAAGUUUUAAAUAAAAUUUAUAGUCAUUUUAUGUUAAUUAUUCUUUUAUUUUAG